GUGAAGGUCUGAGAGUGAUGUCAGUUCAGUCGCAUCAGAUGACACAAUAAUAUUGCCUCAUGCCCUUACUCCAGACAGGACUGAGAGAUGGCCUGAUGUAUGUCCAGUGCCCGCAUUUUCCUACGAGGUAGAACUCAUUAUUGGUGAGGGAAAUGUUACAUAUGAGAGAAAAAGAAAUCCCUUAAGCUAUCUAGGGGACAAAAGCAUGGCAUCCUUGAGACCCUUGCAGCCAAAAUGCAUAGCUUCAAAGCAUAUCCCAAUAAUAGGGAUAUUUCAAUGGUAGCUGAAGCACUUGUCACUAAGCAUCCUUGUCUAAAAGAGCCAGGAUCUCGGACAGGAUGGUAUGGUUGGAAAAAUAGUCUAAAGUUUAAGAUGGGGAACUACCGCUCUAAGUUGAGCCGGGCAGGAUUUAAUGAGGUAGCUGUAAAUUCUGGGAAGAAGAGUAGAAACAACCCAGAGAAACAAGCUCCCCACACUAACAUCAAACGACUAAAGAGGGCAGAGGUACAUUUUCUCCCUAAUUUCCCAAGAGGCGAAGAUGGUGCAAGCCUUGAGCAAUUGAGACUCCAAAUUGUGGAUGAAGUUAAGAUGAGUGACAAAAACCUUCCCCUGAUUGCCAAGUUAAUGCAGACUACCUUCGCUCUGCGGUGUAAAGAAGUCAUCAGUGUUGACCUACCUGUUGGAGAAAUCCUGGAACGCUGGCCUGCCCUUAAAAUGGAGUCACGGGUCUGUGCCGAGUUUCACAGAAUUGCAAACAUCAACCUGAAGAACCACUUCUUUGUGGAUUUGGACUGUCAUGCCCAUCGUCUUCAGAGCUUGUUCAGGAACAAAGCUGCACGCACAGGAAAAGUUGCCGACAUUCUGGGUCAGCUCUUUAGAGCGUAUGACCUCCAGGAACAAGUUGAUGUCCAUGUUAGACGAGCUGCUGUCCUCCGUGCUCUCUCUGCAUAUCUAAAUGAGGAUGACUCUGGAUUUCUGACGCUGUGGGAUGUAAGUCAUAUUAAUUGUUUAGAAAUUGGUCUGUGA